UAAGCUGAUAAGUAGUCAGUGGGAGUGUUUACAUUUAAUUGUAUACUUCAGUUAUUUUUUCACUCUCUCCUGUUUUGGGACCGAGGAUAUGCGAUUGUGACAGGAUGAGUUCAAGAUCCCCACUCAGGAGUACCGCUUUUGGAGUACACAUCCUUUUUGCCGCUGUACUCUUUACGUUAAUACAAUCAUCGAAACAGGACUGCGUUUGGUAUGGCGUAUGCAACACAAAUAUAUUUUCACACAGUCAAAACUGUCCCUACAAUGGAACAGCCAAAGAAAUGCCUGAAGACGGAUUGGAGCUGCUGAAACGACGAUGUGGUUUUUUGCUGGAGAACAGCGAGAAUAAAUUUUGCUGCGACAAGAAACAGGUGGAACUUUUGAAUAAAAAUGUAGAGCUGGCCGGUAAUAUUCUAGACAGAUGUCCAUCCUGCAUGGAAAACUUGGUUCGACACAUCUGCCAGUUUACUUGCUCACCGAAGCAAACAGAAUUCAUGCAUGUGGUGGCCACGGAAAAAAAUAAAGAAGAUGUUGAGUACAUCACUUCCGUGGAUUUGCAUAUAUCGACAGAAUAUAUCAACAAGACUUACAAAUCAUGCUCUCAGGUUUCUGUACCACAAACAGGUCAAUCAGCACUUGAUUUAAUGUGCGGAGCUUAUUCAGCAUCUCGCUGUAAUCCUACAAAAUGGUUUAAUUUUAUGGGGGACGCCGAAAAUCCAUAUGUACCUUUUCAAAUCACUUACGUUCAGCAUGAGCCCAAAGAUAAAGUCGAUACAUUUACGCCGUUAAACGUGACAACAAUUCCCUGCAACCAAGCGGUGAACAGCAAACUACCAGCAUGUUCGUGUUCGGAUUGUGACCUGUCAUGCCCGCAGGGACCUCCAGAACCUGCUCCUCCAGAACCAUUCAAAAUUGGAGGACUUGACGCCUAUUUCGUUAUUAUGGCCGCUGUGUUUGUUGUUGGAGUAAUAGUAUUCCUAAUGGGAUCGUUUUUAUUUACACAAGGUUCAUCAAUGGAUGAAAACUUUCAAGUAGACGGCAAUGAUGUUUCUGAUGAAACGGUCUAUUCGGAGGAAGAUUCAUAUUUUGAAAUACUGGGAGCUCAAACAGAGACUUUUUUGGAAAACUUGUUUACGAGAUGGGGAACGUUCUUUGCCAGCAAUCCAGGGGUGACAUUAAUUGCCGGAGCUUCGCUGGUUGUGAUUCUGGGAUAUGGCAUAAGCUUUAUUGAAAUCACAACGGAUCCGGUUAAACUUUGGGCGUCGCCAAAUUCAAAGUCCAGAGUGGAAAAAGAAUUUUUCGACACUAAAUUUUCGCCAUUCUACAGGCUUGAACAGAUCAUAAUCAAAGCAGUUGACUUGCCUCAAAUUUUUCACAAUACUUCAAAUGGCCCUUACACCUUUGGUCCUGUGUUUGACAGAGAGUUUCUGACGGAGGUGUUAAAUCUCCAAGAGAACAUAAAGCAAAUCAACGCCAAUGGCACAAUGUUAAAGGAUAUAUGCUUUUCCCCCUUAUCAGAUGACGGUAGUGAAAUCGAUGUGUCCAAAUGCGUUGUUCAAUCGAUUUGGGGGUACUUUAGCGAUGAUCCAUCAAGAUUGGAUGACCACGACGAGGAUAAUGGAUUUAAUGUAACCUAUUUGGAUGGCCUCUACGAUUGCAUAAGUAAUCCGUAUUUAUGCCUUGCUCCCUAUGGCGGCCCUGUAGAUCCAGCAAUAGCCUUUGGUGGUUUUCUGCCGUCCGGAGCCCAGCUGACGGGUAAUACAAAAUAUGAGCUAGCCAAUGCUCUUAUUCUGACAUUCUUGGUCAAGAAUCAUCACAACAGAACAGAUUUGCAGCCGGCCUUAAUGUGGGAGAAAAAGUUUGUAGAGUUUAUGACUAACUAUACCAAAAACAACAUGUCGAAGCACAUGGACAUAGCUUUCACUUCAGAGAGGUCGAUAGAAGACGAGCUGAAUAGAGAGUCCCAGUCAGAUGUUUUAACUAUUUUAGUGUCCUAUCUAAUUAUGUUCAUGUACAUUGCAAUAUCGCUGGGACAUGUUAAGGAAUUUAAAAGAGUUUUCAUCGACAGUAAAAUCACCCUUGGCAUAGGUGGUGUCAUCAUUGUAUUAGCCUCAGUAGUUUCCUCCGUUGGCAUUUUCGGUUACCUCGGCUUGCCGGCCACCCUCAUUAUUGUGGAAGUUAUACCCUUUUUAGUAUUAGCCGUUGGAGUGGACAACAUUUUUAUCCUUGUCCAAACUCACCAGCGCGAUCAACGCAAACCCAAUGAAACGCUUGAGCAGCAAAUUGGUCGAAUACUGGGUCGUGUUGGACCCAGCAUGCUGCUCACAUCCUUGAGUGAGAGCUUUUGCUUCUUCCUUGGUGGCCUUUCUGAUAUGCCAGCUGUAAGGGCUUUUGCUUUAUACGCUGGCGUAGCCCUUAUCAUUGACUUUUUAUUGCAAAUAACAUGUUUCGUAAGCCUAUUCACUUUAGAUACGAAACGCAAGGAGGAGAAUCGAAUGGAUAUCUGUUGUUUCAUCAAAGGAAAGAAGUCCGAUAGUGUAGUUAGCAGUGAAGGUCUUUUGUACAAAUUUUUCAGUAGUGUUUACGUUCCAUUUUUAAUGAAGAAAGUUGUUCGAGCUAGUGUAAUGGUCAUCUUCUUUGCGUGGCUGUGCUUCAGCAUUGCCAUUGCGCCAAAGAUUGACAUUGGGCUUGACCAAGAGCUGGCCAUGCCACAGGAUAGUUUUGUUUUACAUUACUUCCAGUCGUUGAACGAGAAUCUCAACAUCGGUCCGCCAGUGUACUUUGUCCUAAAGGGUGAUUUAGUUUAUACAAAUAGUUCGGAUCAGAAUCUAGUGUGUGCAGGUCAAUAUUGCAACGAUGACAGCGUGUUAACGCAAAUUUACCUAGCCAGUAGACACUCAAAUCAAACAUAUAUCGCUCGUCCAGCAUCAAGUUGGAUCGAUGACUACUUUGACUGGGCAGCAGCAGCAUCUUCUUGCUGCAAAUAUAAAAAGGACACUGGAGACUUUUGCCCACACCAAGAUACUUCCUGCUUGAGGUGUAAUAUCAGCAAAAAUUCCCUUAAACGGCCAGAGGAAAAAGAGUUUGAAAAGUAUUUGCCAUUUUUCCUCAAGGAUAAUCCGGACGACCAGUGUGCAAAGGCCGGCCAUGCCGCUUAUGGUGGAGGUGUUCGGUACUCCUACAGCCAUGAAAGACUGAACAUUGAGACGUCAUAUUUUAUGGCCUAUCACACCAUACUAAAAUCCUCGGCUGACUAUUUUCUAGCGCUUGAAUCGGCUAGAAAGAUAUCGGCAAAUAUCACGCAAAUGUUGCAGGGCAGAUUAAUUUCCAACGGAGUUCCUAUGCAAUCGGCCCUUACGGUCGAGGUUUUCCCCUAUUCAGUAUUCUAUGUGUUUUACGAACAAUAUUUAACCAUGUGGUCGGAUACGCUACAGAGCAUGGGUAUUUCAGUUCUUUCCAUUUUUGUUGUUACAUUCAUUUUAAUGGGCUUCGACGUUCAUUCCGCAUUAGUAGUUGUUAUUACGAUAACAAUGAUAGUUGUUAAUUUAGGAGGUUUAAUGUAUUAUUGGAACAUUUCUUUAAAUGCUGUUUCGCUAGUUAAUCUUGUUAUGGCCGUCGGAAUAUCCGUAGAAUUUUGUUCGCACUUGGUGCACAGCUUCGCUACUUCGAAAUCAGUGAGUCAAAUUGAUAGAGCAGCAGACAGCCUCUCGAAAAUGGGUAGUUCCAUUUUCUCCGGAAUUACUUUAACCAAAUUUGCAGGCAUUCUAGUGCUAGCUUUUGCUAAAAGUCAAAUAUUUCAAGUGUUUUAUUUCCGCAUGUACUUGGGCAUUGUGGUAAUAGGGGCGGCGCAUGGUCUGAUCUUUCUACCGGUUCUGUUAAGUUAUAUUGGGGCUCCUGUAAGUAAUGCUAGAUUAAGGUACCAUAAACAAGUUGCUGCUGCUGAACACGAGACAGCACUUGCGGGAAUUCUAUAAAUCAAUCCCAUAGUUGUAUUGAAAUAAUCUCAAAAAUAUUUUAAAUGUUAACCGGUUAAGGUACAAUAAAUAAUAAGAAAAAAAAACAA